AUGCCUGAGAGAAGCGAGACCCCGGAAUCCGACGCAGGUUCGCGCAGCAACGGUGAUGGCGACCAACCACCGGCGCGCAAGCGGCAGCGCGUCCGCCUGAGCUGUCUCGAGUGUCGGCGCCGCAAGCUCUCAUGCGACAGAGGCUUCCCGUGUGAGCGGUGCAUCAAGAGUGGCACCCCGGACCGCUGCAGCUACGAGUCCCGGAACGGCGAGGUCGUCAACGCCUCCUCCGGCAUUCCGCCGCCCUUUGCGCAGCUGGAUUCGCGCCGCUUUGGAAUUGGCGGCGGUGACGGCCCGUCCGGCUUCACGUCGAGAGAGGACCAUGAGAGGAUUCGGAGGCUGGAGCUGGAAAUCGCACAGCUCAAAAAUCACCUCGUCAGACCUGGCGGCACCGGCUCAUUCGAUGGCAGCACCGUCGCCGCCACCGACUCACCGGCGACCAGGAAGGAUGAGAACCUGGCCGAGACUGAGGGAGUGCCGCGGCCCGACGUGCAGGAAUGCAUCGAGGCCGGCAGCAUGAGCGGUGACAAGGGCGAGCUUCGAUUCUUCCGCGGCAAGGGCUUCAGGACUCGCUAUUUCGGCCCUCACAAUGCCAGCAUGGCCUUUGUGGAACUGACUGGGCUGUGUCCGUUCAUGAGAGAGACGGCCGAUGAGUGGCUCAGGCCGGUCAUUCUUCACGAUCGCAAAGAUCGCAAGCGUCGCAUGGAGGAUCGCGAGGCCCUGUUCGCGAAGCAGGACCCGGAACUCGAGGCCUUGCUGCCCACAAAGGAGGAGACGGACGCCCUGGUUUCCGUGUACCUCGACCAGUUUGAGCAGAUUCACCGCAUUGUGCACAUUCCCACUUUCCGCAAGGAAUAUGCCGAGUUUUGGAAGCCCGACAGCAAGCAGCGAUAUGCGGCAUUUACAGCCCUAAUUCUGGCCAUGAUGGCGGUGACCAGUUGUGUGCAUACCCACGACAGCCUCAAGUUCAUCGGCAUGAUGUCCAAUGCGCGCCACUGGGCUGAGAAAUGGAUAUGGGCGUGCGACGCAUGGCUGUCGCGGCAGAGCCAGAAGCACCGCAAGCUCAUUCACUUCCAGAUUGCCUGCCUCUUAUACCUGGGGAAGCGAGUCAACACCAUCAAAAAGAAGAGAUUCUGGACCAGCUCCGGCGCUCUCAUCCAAGAUGGUAUUUCUGUUGGCCUUCAUCGGGAGCCCAGUCACAUGGGUGGCAAGAUCACCGUGUACAAUCAGGAAAUGCGCAGGCGGAUAUGGACGACGGUGCAGGAGUUCGACAUGCAGGCGUCGUUUGAUCACGGCCUGCCCACCCUGCUCAGCCAGCUUCACUACGACACCAAUGCCCCGAGGAAUCUGGACGACGAGGACUUUGACGAGGAGACGACCACGCUGCCGCCAUCCAAGCUGGCCAAGGAGUACACCUUCAGCUCGUUCCAGAACCUGUCUCGACAGAGUCUGCCACUGCGGCUGGAGCUCAGCCGUCUGCUUACGGGACCGCUGUCGGACAUUGACUACGACCAAGUGAUUCGAUACACGAAUGACUUGACGCAGGAGAUUGACGCGCUGCCCUCGUGGGACAUGAACAUGGAGGGCUCCAAGGAGAAGAAGAACCCCCUGAUUGCCUACACCCUCCUCCACGUCCAGCUCCGUCAGUACAUCAUCCCGCUUCACCAGCCGUACCUGAAGCUGCGCAAGCAAAACUCCAAGUACCAAUACUCGGAGAUUAUCUACUACAACGCUGCGCGUGACAUUGUGCUGCUCCACGACAAGCUCUACGAGCAAGGCAUCCGGUCUCUCAACUUCCUGCGGGAAGACGCCCUCACCACGGCCAUCAACCUCUGCAGCGUGACGAUGCUGCAGCCACGCGGGUCCACCAACAUGAUCAUGAUCAACUCGCACCACACUCUCAAGCUCAUUGAGAAGUGCAUCGCCAUGAAGGAAGACCGCCUCCUUCGGUGCGGCAAUAACGAGCCAUGGGGCUACUCCAUCAUGUGUGCCGCCCUCGGACUCCUCGAAGCGCACCUGGGCACCAAAACUACCGAGGUGGCCAAGUCGACGUCUGCAGAGCGCUUCGUCAACCUCCACUACAGGCUGCUGGCAAACCAGGAACCCCCCGUGCCAUCUGAAAACAUGCCCGAGACGCCCAUCAGCGGCGCCACGACCCUCUCUGCGCCUGGCCUGGGGCCCAGCCCCGGCCUAGAAGUGCCUGACCGGCCCAAGUCUGUUACGCCAUUUAUAUUCCCACCUUCCAUCCCAACCGUGCCCGUAGACCCAACUACGGCCCCUGCAACAGCAUGGAUGAUUGGCGUGGGCGAUCAAGCACAGCCCUUUAACAUGGAUCCAAGUCUGGAACUCCUUGGCCUCAACCUGAAUGAGCUCUGGGGCGAGUCGUGGGAGCUCGGCUAG